AUGGCUGGUAGAGUAGCAAAGAAUGUAGCGAAGGCAGUGGCAGAAUACCAGUACCCAUGGAAGGAGAAGUUGGCAAAACACAAAGCCGAGCUAUCCAAGGGCGUGUGGGGCUACUGGAACUUAGGUGCAUGGACCCCGCUCCAGAUCAGUGCCCGUCGACGUGCUAAACUACGGAGGGAAGUUCUUCUUGCUGGGCAAGAUUGGCCGUAUGAUCCCGAGAGAAAAGAAAUGAGAACCAAAAUGAAAGGACACAAAUGCGACAGAAUAGCUGCUGAGAAACGUGCAAACACUGCUAAGCUGAUGGAGAAAAUGCCAGACAUGUUGCUAGCCUACAAGAAGAGAAGAUGGGAGAAGAAAAUGAAGGAAGAAGACAAAAACAAGUAG